GAAAAAUGCCUGAGCCAGCUAAGUCCGCGCCCAAGAAGGGCUCCAAGAAAGCCGUCACCAAGGCUGCCGGAAAGGGCAAAGGGAAGCGCAGAAAGACAAGGAAGGAGAGCUACGCCAUCUAUGUGUACAAGGUCCUGAAACAGGUCCACCCCGACACCGGCAUCUCGUCCAAGGCCAUGAGCAUCAUGAACUCCUUCGUCAACGACAUCUUCGAGCGCAUCGCCUCCGAGGCGUCUCGUCUGGCUCACUACAACAAGAGAUCCACCAUCUCUUCCAGGGAGAUCCAGACCGCCGUCCGCCUCCUGCUGCCGGGUGAGCUGGCCAAGCACGCCGUGUCUGAGGGCACCAAGGCCGUCACCAAGUACACCAGCUCCAAGUAAAGUUGCUCUAGUAAAUUCUACAACCCCACCAAAACGGCUCUUUUAAGAGCCACCACAUCAUUCUCAAGAGCAUAUCACUUUGCAUUUGAAAUAUGGUUUAACUCUGUAGUUACCUUGUCAGUAGCUCACAUUGGAUUUAGUUAUUGUAUCAGUCUUUGGGAUUUAGAUAGUAUAUGAAG